AAACUUUUCAGUGCCCAGAAAGCUUCAGUAGGUGUUGUUUAAGUUUAGACUUCAAUUUUAUAGCUAACUUUGAGAUUUUCCGUGUCUCCAUUUCGUUUCUCGCACUCGGAUUGAUUCAGUUAUUUACAUGAACACUUCGGCUUGGCUAAUCCUCUUAGGAUUGGCUUUAUCUUAUGAAGGUUAGGAUAGGCGGUCGACGACAGUACCGUUAGUAGACAGCACAAUGGAAAUAGGCCACAAUGGAAGGAGUGAAAAUACAUGGAGUGUGGAUUGUUGCUGUCCCGAAUUGUGUUUCUCUUGAAGAAUGCAGUUGUGCCGAGUAAAAAUAGUGUGAAAGAGAUAAUCCGCGAAUGGCACAAUGUUGUCUUUGUGGUUUCGUUGCGAUCUUGUCUGCUAGUCCUAUUCUGUGCUGGAGUGUUAGCGGUAGAUCUGUGGUGUGCUGUUGUGAUCCCCAUCACACAACUGGCUAGGCCUAUGCUAGUUGGCUAGUGCAAUAAAUCGAGACCCCGUCUUUCUCGUAGGGUGUUCUUUUUGAACGAACUGCUAAGCUUGUUCUUAUUAUAGUAUCGUGGCUAGAUCAACGGACUCGAGAUCAACUGCGAUUCGUAACAAUGGAACUGAAAACAUGUGUGGACGACGAUCUGAGUAGUGGCAGGUCUUGGCCUAGAAACUGUGAAUCGGAGAGUAAUAUUCCUCUAGUGAGCAUUCGAGAAAGAGUCGGUCGAGAGGAAGAAAAUCUACACAUCAACACAAAUGAUAAAGACGCCACCAACACAGACGAUGGGAGUGUGACGCCUCCUGCCUCUAUCGCCGACAUCAACGACAACAACACAGCGCACACCAACGACCACCACCACCACGAUGACGACCUCGACAACAACGAUGAUGAUGACGAUCAAACAGACGAUACGGGCAUGAACGAAAAGAACGACGAUAAGCCUUCAGACAUCAUGAACGGGGAUAUGGACGUUGAUGAGACGGGCGGUCCUAGUGUGAAGAUGAUGAACCAUGACGUUGUGAUGAGUGAUGAUGACGGGGGCCGAGACAUUCUGAAGUUGAAGUUGAAGUUCUCUGAGGAUGAGGCGGGUGGCAACAGUAGUAUGUCCUCCAGGAAAGCUUGCGGCGGCUUGGAUGACCAGCGGGAGUCGAAGGAGCUGGAAGGUGCUCGAUCAGAAGCGGUGAUGAAGGACCAGAAUCAACAGCACCACCAACAACAGCACCAACAACAGCACCAAAAACAGCACCACAAGCAGCACCACCACCACCACAGUGGUGGGAACGGCGUAGGGGUGUCAUGUCAGGAGCAAAGGAGCUUGUCCCCUCACCCACCCACCACCUCUUUGUCGUUAUCCGCGCCGUCCCCGUCUUCUUUAGUACCACCAGCUCCAUCGUCGUCGUUAUCGUUAUCCGGAGAUUCCACGAUAGUAGCAGCGGCAACGAUAACGGCAGCAGAAGCAGCAACAGCAACAGCAGCAGCAACUUCGGCCGCGACUUCUGUAGGGUUAUCGUCUUCGUUAUCUUUGUCGUCGUCCAUGUCUCAGCCAGUAGUAGCCGCCCCCGCCGCCGACGCUACAGAUUCCUCUUUGCUUACGUCAUCAUCCCCCAACUUCUCCCCCUCCUCGGCGACGUGGGCGAAGACUGCCACAGCAAAAACAGCAAAAACAGCACACGAACAGCAACAGCAGCACCAGCUAUCCUUAUCAGCCGCGUCGUCGUCGUUAACGGGCGCGAUGCCGUCGUCAAAAUCCCCGUCCUCACGCACAUCGUCAUCAUCAUCAUCAUCAUCGUCAUCGUUAUCCUCGCCCAGCCCGUCCUCCUCUCCCCCCACUACCACCACCUCCUCCCCUCCCCCUACGUCAUCAGCGACCUCCCCUCCCCUGGGGUCCAACACGGCCGCUGUGAUCCCCACCACCACAUCAUCCACCACCUCCUGCUCUACCCUCACCCGAACGGACACAAAAACAGCAGUAGUAUCACCAUCAGCAGCAGUGUCGUCAUCAGCAGCAGUAGUGUCAGCAGCAGCAGUGUCAUCAAAAGCUGCAGCAGCAGCAGCAGCACAGACGGCCAGCAACAGUACUGCUGCUAGUAGUAGUAGUAGUAGUAGCACCGCCGCUGCCCACAGAGCCCGUGAUGAUGUGCUGACGACAACCAGGACGAGGACCCCAGCAGUAUCGGCCACAGACUUUAGAGACGGAAAAGACAGAGACGCGAAUGACUCUCGAGAUGGGCCCCACUCCUCCACGGCCACCUCAGCCUCCUCUGCAGCCUCCUCCUCCUCCUC